UAGGUUUAAUAUUGAAAGCCGAAAUGAAUGACUCAGAGUGUUUGUUAAUUAAUUUUCAUAACGAAAAAGAUUCCAUUGCAGUUGGGUUUAGAUACUGGAUGGAUGAACCGGUAACCAACAAUGAACUAGAAGAAAUCAUAGAAAUGAAGCGGACAGUUUUAAUGAAGUGGCCAAAUUGCAAUAUCGAACCGGCGUCAAAAAUGUUGAAAAAAGUUUCUUUAUGCAAGUGGAAAAAGUGUGUCGGUACAAUUCUUGCUGCGGGCAAUGAGUGAAGACGAAUUAUCCGACUCAUCUGUUGAUGAAAAAGAAAAUAGAGGAAACGUAGAGAGAUUACUAAAAAGAAUUAAGGAACUUGAAGAUGAAAAAUUAAAGAUGAAAAGCCUCUUGAAAGAAAACGAAGAUAAAAAUUCAACAGAAACUACAGAUUCUCCUAACGAUGUCGAUCCAAAUACUAAUACAUCAGAUUCUUCUAAUUCAUCUCCUAGUGAUAGUACUCUAGCUAAAAUAAUUGAUGAGGACAUUGAUAAAGAGAUCGAAUUAGGAAGCAGUAGUCAAAAUACAGUACUUCUAGAUGGAACUAUUAAUUUGAAUGACUUAUAUGAAGAACAUGAACAAAUGAAAAGUACAGCAAGCGUUGGGGUUAUUGUUGAUGCAUUAUUUCCUGUUGUGAACAAUAAUCAUAAUCAACCUACGUCUCGAGAAACUCCUUAUAAGGUGGGAGAACAGUUAAGUGCAACAGGCGUUGAGGAUAUUGUUGAUGCAGUAGUUCCCCUUGUGAACAAUAAUCGUAAUCAACAUAUCUCUCAAGAAACUACUAAUAAGGAGGGGGAACAGUUAAAUACAGCAGGCUCUGAGAUUAUUGUUGAUGAAGUAGGUCCUGUUGUGGGCAUUGAUCGUAAUCGACCUGUGUCUCGAGAAAUUACUUAUAAGAAAGGAGACAUACCAUUAUCAAAACAAAAACAUAAAACCAUUACUUUUGGAGGAAGAGAAUAUAGCUAAAAUAAAAUAGCUUGUUGUAAUCGAAACAGCUUAUCAAAAUUUACAACUGAGCUGACAUCAAUUGUCAUUGACCGCCAAGAAUUGUCUGAAAGCAGCUUAACAGGAAAAGUAAGCAAUUUUCAAAAAAACAAUCCAAAUGCGAUUGCCAAAAAACAACUCUGCCCACAAAGAGUACAAGAUAUGCUAGAAACAAACUCUGCAGCCGUCAAUUAAUCAUUACAACAUUUUAACCAGAAGCAUGAAAAAUAUGCUUCAAAAGUAUAUUUCCAGGGGGGUAAUUAUGAUGUUUACGGCGCAAAAAAAACAGAGAAAAAGGCCUUAGUUUUUAACAAAACACGUUUUUGCAAAUCAAUGCAAGGUACUAUUUUUUCCG